AUGGCGUACGCAGCUCUCUACAUCCUCAAGCUUGGAUAUGGAAGUUUUAGGGCAAUAUUCGCAUAUGAUGGAGUCACCAACAAGCUCAAGCUGGCUGACUCAGGAGCGGGUGGUGUGGCAGAACUGGCCGGCAAAUUUCACAUCUCCAAGCCUCAAUACGGACUGUGCAAAGUGGGAAGUGUGGAGACAGGAGGCCCCCGGAUUGCUAUGAUCAACUGGGUCGGUCAAAAUGUGGAUGACUUCCGAAGGACAGAAUGUGCCAGCCACAUUCCAGCUAUCAAAAACUUUUUCAAGGAAGCUCAUGUGUUCAUCAGUGCAGAGAAAGUGGAGGAUGUGACAGAGGAGAAUAUACAAGCUGAGCUCAACAAGGUCCAGGCCAAUGCUCCCACCCAGUGGGCGAGAAGGAGCUCCAGGUCGGCUGACAAAGAGGACUUAGUGGGUACCAACUACAGGAAAACUAAUGCUGCCAUGGAGAUGAGACGUAUAAACAGAGACUCCUUCUGGGCCCGUGCAGAGCGUGAAGAGGAAGAGAGGAAAGACGAUGAUAAGAGACGAGCAGCAGAGGAGAGACGCCGCAUUGAAAGAGAAAGAGUUUUAAAAGAGAGGACGGAUGCAGAUGAGAGAGACAAGAGGAUGAAUGAGAAGCUACAGAUGAUUGAGGAGCAAAGGAGAAAACGGGCAGAGCAAGAAGAAGAGCUAGGCAAAAAGGAGAAAUUAAAAUGGGAGCAUCAGCAGAGGGAGCAUUUCGAUGACAUGAGGGCUCGUCUGAGAAGGAGUGAGUCCAUAGAAAAAGCAGCAGAGGCAGCAGAAUUAGUGUCCCAGCGCUCCAUGAACCCCAGGGAGUUCUUCAGGCAGCUCUCAUCAUCAUCAUCCACACAGAGUCCCACCAGCCCUGGAUCCUCCCGCUCUGGCAAACCCUUCAGAAGAUACCAGCGCAGCCUGACAGACACAGCCUUCAUCUUCACUAAAGCAGAGGACAGCACGUCUUCCUCCCCUUACAGCUCACCCCUGGUCUCCCCAUUCUCUCGGGCUGCUACCUCCCCCAUCUAUCGUGCCACCUCUCCCCCUACAAGCCCUAAUUUCCGCCCUGUCACCUCUUCACUAAGGCCCAGAGCCCCCAUGUCACCGCCUACAUCACCCCUUCGCCCGGCCCCUCCGGUCUCGGCCCUGCCCAGCGUUCCACAAAGUAAAAACCAAAUUCAGGCUGUUGUUGAGCCCAGACCUCCAUCACCCACAGAACCCUCUGCACCUCCUGCUUCCCCUGAUCUCUUGGCUUCAUUGUCCUCCUGUUUAGUUAGAAACAAACCCUCCCACUCCCAUGCAGACGCCCUCCCUUCCUCCCCCCCAAACACCCCAAACCAGCCCGAGGACUCAGCUUUCUGCUUCGAGCCUGCUCCUGUUCCAGAGAGAAUCACAGAACCCAUUGGUCUGCUGGUCAUCAUCCAAAGUUAA